AUGGGUGUUGGUGGUGGCGGCGGAGGAGGCGGUGUGGGUGGUGGUUGUGGCGGCGAAGGAGGCGAUGUGGGUGUUGGUGGUGGCAGCGGAGGAAGCGGUGUGGGUGUUAGUGGUGACGAUGGACUGUUUUUCUUCAAUAGUAAGAAUUUUGUGGAAAAACAUUGGAGGAACAUCCCUUGGUUAAGUUUGAACACUGGGUUGAAGGAAGUGGCAUGUGGAGUGUCUCCUCGUAUGUUGUCUUGGGGUCCUUCAAAGCAAGUUGAUUAUAAAGUUAUUACUGAUAAUUUCUUCCAUGCUGAAAAAAGAUUCAAGAAAUUUAUUGUCCAUGUUGUUGUCGUUGGUACGGAACAAGAGAUGCUGGAUUAUCCAGUUGCACUUAAAUUUCCUGAUGAUUCAGGCCCUUGUUCUUCCCGUGCAGUUUUGCCAUCUCAAGUUACUUCUGAGAUAGUUAAUGUAAGUUGUACUUUGCCUUUUGUCCGUUUCGAAGAAUUGGAUAAAAAUUUUGUUGGUGCAAUUAAUGUUGUGGAUAGCUUAGUUCGUGUACAUGAUGAAACAAAGUCAUGUGUAGUAGCUUCUGAAAGUGCUAAAAGAACUUGUUUAGAAAGUAGACUUGACAGUUUGAAAAGUAAAUUUGAUUAUGUGAUGCAUUGUGUUGAAAGUUUAGUUCGACUGCAUAGCGAAAAUAAAUCUUGUAAAGCUUGUGCAUCUGGUAAAAGACAACCUGAUUUGGGUUAUUCAGUGAAUGAUGAGGUGAAGUUAGAUGCACAUCUUGGAAAAGAUUUGCAGGAAUGUAUGGACAAUAUGCUUUGUAAAGCAAGGUCUACAAAAAAUGAGACGUCUCUCAUGCUCGAUAUGCUCUGUAAUGUUGUUGUUUCUUCAUCAAGUCAACUGUCUGAUAAAACUCAAACUCUUUCUCAGUUUAAAAAGGAAUUUGUGAAAGAAAAUGAAGACCGCGCAAAAAAAGAAGCACUUAAAGAAAUUGCUGCAAUUAAUAGUGCUUUUCAAUGCGGAGAUUAUGUGUUUUCUUCUAAUGAAGCAUCACAAAAUGUAAAUGAAGUAGCAACUGCUGUUGAAGAUAGUAGAAAACGUCCGAGAUGCGAAGAUGGAAACAAAGAAGAUGAUGGUUAUCCUAAUUGGUAUUUGCUUACACCAAGCAGUACUCCAGUUGAGAAACAGUUGAGUUCUGCUGUUGAAGAUAUAUACUGUACUGCAGAAGAGUUGGGAAAGUGA